UAUAUCUGUGUGUGUGUGUUCUCUGUUCUUGCCAGCCAAACCCUAGCAGUAGCAGCAAAACAAACCCUCAAUCACUCCACCUCCAUCAAUGAGAAAGCUAAAGAAAACAGCCUCCGUGGGUUCGAAAAGAAGGAGAACAGCAAAACCACCAGGAAGUAGUAGUAGUAGCAGCACAGAACAAUCCAAAUGUUUAGUGGCUGAGCUGCCCAAUGCUUUGAUAAUAGACAUCCUAUCAAGAUUGCCCAUCAGGCCCCUACUCAACUGUAAGUCUGUCUGCAAAACUUGGCUUCAUUUAAUGUCAGACCCUUCUUUUGUCAGGCUCCAUCUGGAAAGAUCACCCACUACUCUCUUGAUUCAGAAGACACCCUUUGAACGUAAAGAAAGUACAGAGAUGUUACUUGUUGAGAUAGUUGAAGAAGACAUCAGUAAACCUUUUUAUAUUGAAAUCAUCAGGUUGUUUCCCACCAAAAACUUUCCUGAUACUGAUGUUAGAAUUUUAAAUUCUUGCAAUGGGUUGCUUUGCUUGUAUGAAGAUUCUGGAGACAAAUCUGAUAUGAUGGUUCAUGUUUGUAAUCCAGUGUUAGGGGAGUACAUAGAUAUCCCAGUAGUUAAUACUGACAAAAAAUUUGAACAUCACCUUGCUUUUGGAUUCAGUUCGGUGAGUAAUCAAUACAAAGUGCUACAGACAUUUUAUCUUGAGAAAGACUUAACUGCUGCUCCAUGUCUGGCAGAAAUAUACACGGUGGGUACUGGACAAUGGAGAAGCAUUGGAAAUGCUUCUUGCAGACUUCAAUCUCUGGACGCCAAUGCUUUUUUGCAUGAUUCAAUUCAUUGGAUUGAAUAUAGAUCUAACAGUAUCGGGUUUGUUUCUGCCUUUGAUUUUGUGUUGGAGCAGUUUAAGCUGGUGGCCUUACCUCCUGCUUCUCAAAUACAUGAUGGCAUGGGGAGGGGCUAUCCUUCAUCUGUCGGAGUUAUAAAAGGUUGCCUAUUCAUGACUAAUGGUGUGUGUAUUGAAAAUGAGAAAUUUGAGAUAUGGGUCAUGGAAGAGUAUGGCAUCAAGGAGUCUUGGACCAAAAAGUUUGUGCUUUCAAACUUAGAAGUAGAGAAUUAUGUCUCUUACCAGCCCUUAUAUUUCUUGAGCUCUGGGGAAAUCUUGAUAUGUGAAGAUGAUGAAAGUAUCGGCGUUUAUGUCCCAAAAUUGGAGAGAAUUCAUGAGGCAAAAUUCUAUAAGGGAAAAGACUGCUUUCUUGUGACCGCCCACAACCCGAGUUUUGUGUCACUCCAAGAUAUUGCGAAAGGAGAAGAACUUACGGUGUUAAGGAAAUCUUUAAACAGCGCAGCAGCAGCCAUUUCUGACAAUCAAAAUGUUCGUGUGGAUAGUUGCCCUUAGUUGAGUAAUGUAGUUUUGCAUAACAUAGGACCUAGCCGGGCUGAUUGAUAUUUUGCAGGCACAGCUUCUCCGGAAAACGGGUAAUGGGAAAACAGUUAAUGGGGGCGUGCUAAUUUUGGUUUCUUGAAGCGGGAUAAAGUAUGAGUAGGAACUGUAAGAUGCAUUGCUAGUGAUCAAGAACUAUAAGAUGUCUUAAUUAAAUUAAGGUUAGUUUUUGGUUUAUAGCCAGCUAGUGAUCAAGAACUAUAAGAUGCAUUGCUUUUGAUAUGACUGUCGAUUGAGCCAUGCUCCUCGGGUCUAUCCCGAAUUCUGUAUUUUAUGCAUCUGAAUUAAUUUGUCCGACUUUGACAAUGA